GAGUGGAUGCGUUGUUAUUAUCUCACAAGUCCAUGUGCUUUGCUUCUUUUUUUCUCUCUCUGCACCCUUUAACUUCAAUUCAACUUCUUUCUUGUUUUUUUUCUCUCUCUCUUUCUCUGCCAUAUUCUGUAAGUUGUCAUUCAGUUCUGAUCAUUAAAUUCUAGUAUUCAGUGUCAUACCCAAAAAUAUCAAUGUGUCUCACUCCCUAACUUGAUCUAAAGCCUCCUACUCUAGAAAUAGCAUUUCCAGUGAGGGAAGUCUGUUUUUCAAGAACUGAGCUUUCAUUGAAAAGAUUGCAUCUUUGUGUAUGGUUUUAGAUGGUAGCAAAUGGGUUCGAGUUAUAACUUCGACUUAUCCAAAAAAACACACAUCUUUCAUCUCAAGGUGUGGGUGUUAGUGAGCAUCUUUGUGGGCAUCUUUGUAGUGGUUGUCAUGUUGCUUCUAUGGCGUUGUAGCAAAUCUAAGAAGAAGAGUUCAGUUGGGUUGAUCCCAAAUGUGUCUAGAGAGAUCAAGGAGAUAAGGAUAGAGCAGAAGAAGUCAGCUGGGAUGGAAGAAGUGGAGUACUUCAAUGUGCAGGAGGAAAAGGAGAAAGACUGUGAUAAGCUUUUGGUGCAUUUCAAGAAUGAGGAUUCCUUCAAUUCUUCAUCAAAUGAUCCCAAUGCUGUCUCUGUGAGUUCCCCUCUAGCUGGCCUCCCUGAGCUGUCUCACCUGGGCUGGGGUCACUGGUUUACUCUGAGGGAUUUGGAGAUGGCAACAAACAGGUUUUCAAAGGAGAAUGUUAUUGGAGAGGGUGGGUAUGGAAUUGUGUAUAGUGGCCAGCUCAUCAAUGGUACUAUUGUUGCUGUCAAAAGACUUCUCAACAAUUUAGGACAGGCAGAGAAGGAAUUUAGGGUGGAAGUUGAAGCUAUUGGCCAUGUAAGGCAUAAAAACUUGGUCAGACUCUUGGGCUAUUGCAUUGAAGGCACCCACAGAUUGCUGGUGUAUGAGUAUGUGAACAAUGGGAAUCUUGAGCAAUGGCUUCAUGGGGCUAUGGCCCACCAUGGGCACCUUACAUGGGAGGGAAGAAUGAAGAUUCUUCUAGGCACAGCUAAGGGUCUUGCAUAUCUUCAUGAUGCAAUUGAGCCCAAAGUUGUUCAUAGAGACAUCAAAGCCAGCAACAUACUGAUUGAUGAGGAUUUCAAUGCUAAAAUAUCUGAUUUUGGACUGGCCAAGUUGCUUGGUGCUGGAAAGACUCAUAUUGUAACCAGAGUUAUGGGUACCUUUGGAUAUGUUGCACCAGAAUAUGCAAGCAGUGGCUUCCUAAAUGAGAAGAGUGAUGUGUAUAGCUUCGGUGUUCUGCUAUUGGAGUCCAUAACUGGGAGAGAUCCCGUGGAUGACAGCCGGCCUGUGCACGAGAAAAACCUGGUCGACUGGCUCAAGAUGAUGGUGGCAGCCAAGCAGGCAGACCAGGUGGUGGACCCCAAUCUGGAGACAAGGCCGUCUACGUCUGCCCUGAAAAGAGCUCUCUUGACAGCGUUAAGGUGCGUGGAUCCGAAUGCGCAACAAAGGCCGACAAUGAGCCAGGUGGUCCGGAUGCUCGAGUCAGAUGAAUAUCCAAUACUAAGAGAGGGUCGUACGAGGAAAAAAGACAAGCGUUGAAGACUGAGUGAUUCUUUCUAGGAACUAAGUAGCACAUAGCAUAAGGAUACAUCUCUUAGUCUCAAAUGUGAAUGAUCUGUUUGUUUCUUUGAUUGCUGCAAUGUAUAGUUUAUACACAA